ACGUACUUAUGAACAUAAAUUAACGGACACACGCUCCAGGCUAUCUGAAGUUCUGAACCCAACUCGUACGAGUUACGACCUCCAAUAUUUUAAUCCUUGCUUAAUUUCAUCAUCGAUCUGUUAAACAAUCCCACCCCGGCCCCUUUUAUUUCGUCUCUUCGAUCUUCUCGACAUUACUCACAGAAUCGUUCCAGCUCUUUUCCUCCGAUCAACUUAAUUAGGCUGGCUACCGGGUAUUUCUUUUUUGUAGCCCUCAAAGCCUAGCUAGAAGAUAUGCCGGAAUCAGAAGUUGGAACACCGUCGACAGCAACACCGGGGACGCCAGAUGCAUCACACCGAGUCCACUCAAUGUCCAAUGAUAGACAGUCAAUGCCCCGAAGCAAGUGGUUGCCCAGAUGCAAGUGCCUGUCAUGUCUUCCUUCACAGGCUUCACUAGACGUCUCCCUCACCCGCAAGUUGGGAGCAGAGUUUGUGGGGACUUUCAUACUGAUAUUUUCGGCGGCAGCUGGUCCAAUUGUUAACCAAAAGCAUAAUGGAGUGGAGACGCUGAUAGGGAACGCGUUAUGCGCUGGGCUGGCAGUGAUGAUUGUGGUUUUGUCUACGGGUCACAUUUCUGGCGCUCACUUGAACCCCUCAGUCACCAUUGCGUUUGCAGCGCUCCGUCACUUCCCAUGGCUCCAAGUCCCACUCUACAUAGCAGUGCAGGUUUCGGCAUCUAUAUGUGCUGCUUUUGUUCUCAAAGGUGCUUUCCACCCUUUCAUGUCUGGUGGUGUCACUGUUCCUUCCGUAAGCAAUGGCCAGGCUUUCGUGCUUGAAUUCAUCACCACCUUCAUUCUUCUGUUUGUUAUCACUGCCGUUGCCACCGACACCCGUGCGGUUGGCGAAUUAGCAGGAAUAGCAAUCGGAGCUACAAUAUUGCUUAACAUUCUAAUAGCCGGGCCUUCCACUGGUGGUUCAAUGAAUCCGGUGAGGACAAUGGGGCCAGCGAUUGCAACAGGGAAUUACAAAUCAAUAUGGAUAUACAUGGUGGCACCCACACUCGGGGCCCUUGCAGGCGCAGGUGUCUACACACUAGUGAAGUUGGGAGCGGUUGAGGGUGAAACCCCACGCCCGGUCAGGAGCUUCCGCCGCUAAGGAUGCAACACGACUUCUCUCCCCCCCUCUCCAGUCUCUCCCUCCCCUCUCCCUCUCCCUCUCCCUCUCCCUCCGUGUGUGCGCAACAAGGGCCUUGCUUAACCAUUCCUAUCACUAUUACUAUUAUCAUGCUAGAGCUCUAUUAUCAGUAUUUGCCAUCGAGACUUUUCUUCUAUAAUAACUUUAUUUUUUUACGCAACUGAUGUAGAAGUUGCGGUUUGUAAAUUGAACGGUUCAAAUCAGGAAAAUAUUAACUUGAUGGCUUUUAUUUAAAGAACACAAGAGAGUUGGACGAAA